GUGCAGCUACCCCACGUACGUGCUCAUAUCCGGAGAAACACACACAGAGAGGCUGACAUUCCUCUUGUUUUGCAUCUUUUGCUCUGCAGACGCGUGCGUGACAUAUCUGCUCCCGGAUUCCCCUUCAACUUUUUUCCCUUUUUUUGCAGUUUUUUUUUUAAAAUACUGUUUUCCUUGUCGCAUUCUCUCCAGAGGCUUUUGGAAUGAACUGUUUUCCAGCCUGCGUCGUUUCCAUGUCAGCAUGGGAACUGCCGUGUCCAAAAGGAAGAAUUUAAGAAACGAUGCGAUAUCCUCUGUGGCAGCAAAAGUUAGAGCAGCCCGAGCAUUUGGAGAGUACCUGUCCCACACACACCCUGAAAACAGAAACGGAUCAGCUCAUCUUCUGUGUGAAACCUCGGUGGGUCCCGACCCGGAGUCCCCAAGUGACACGAUUGGCCCCAACAACAACAACCACCUCCACCCCUGCUCCAACACCGCCAAGGGCUGCGAGGACAACCGGGAGCCCAGCCUGGUGAAACUCCAGCCGCCACCCCCUUCCAUCACCAUCUCGACCAAAGCAUCGCGACUGUCCCUCGAGCGCAGCUUCUCCGCUGAGGAAGACCAGCAAAAGGGCAUCGAGUGCACCCUGCAGCCUGCCCGCGUGUACACCAUCACCACCCAGCGCGGUAUGCUGAUGAGCAGCGGCCGGGGCAGCAAGGAGAGCCUAGAACUGGACGUCCUGAAGGAGAAGCCGGGGAGUGGCGGGGUGGGAUCCAGAGGUGGCUUGAUCCAGCCCUCCACCUCCCCUUCCUCCACCACAUCGUCUCCAACCCAGUACCACCAUGCCAGCAGCGGCCGUGGCUCCAGCCACCAUCACAGAAACCAUCACGACACUCGGGACCACGGGAACCACCACCACCACGGCGUCUCGGGCACCAAUGCGCCUUCCGGUAGUGGAGGAAGUAGCGGGGCGAGUGGCAGCAGCAGCAGCAACCAGCAGCAGCAGCAGCAGUCUCUAUCUGUGGCUGGAUCCCACUCUGGAUCCCACCACGGAUCGCACCACCACGGCCACCACCACCACCUGUCCCAACCUCCGCUGCAGACCUCCGUGAGCGCCCACAACAUCCGCGGCUGGGGCGAGGGCGGGAAAGGGGAGGCGGAGUGCAGCGGGCUGGCUUGUGAGUCAUGCAGCGGCGCCCCCUCGCGGAGCCAGGGCUCCCUGGACCUGGAGAGCACGUCCCGAGAGGCAGGCAAGCAGCACCGACGCUUGGAGCGGAUGUGGAGUGUGGACCGGGUGACUGGGCUGGAGAGAGAGGACACUAACUGGUUCCCCAAGGAAAACAUGUUCAGCUUUCAAACUGCCACAACAACCAUGCAGGCGUGAGUGAACUUCCGGAAGCAUCUUCGGAUGGUGGGCAGCAGGAGGAUGAAAGCACAGACAUUCGCUGAGCGUAGAUCGAAGAGUUUCAGCCGUUCCUGGAGCGACCCCACCCCUGUCAAGACUGACUCUCCAAAUGAACCCAGAGACAGCGGAGACCUGCAGACCUCCUGUAGUACUUUGGAUGAAGGAGGCCUUGAUGACAACAUGGACUGGGAGGAGGAGAGAGAGAUGGAGAGGCUGGCCUGUGAAGGAGACGACUUCGUACCUCCAAAAAUCAUGCUGAUCUCUUCAAAGGUCCCAAAGGCAGAGUACGUUCCCACUAUAAUCCGCAGGGAUGACCCCUCCAUCAUCCCCAUCCUCUACGACCAUGAGCAUGCAACUUUUGAUGAUAUUUUGGAGGAGAUUGAGAAGAAGCUCACAGCUUACAGGAGAGGGAGCAAGUUCUGGAGGAUGCUCAUCUUUUGUCAGGGAGGCCCUGGUCACCUGUAUUUACUGAAGAAUAAAGUGGCAACUUUUGCGAAGGUGGAAAAGGAGGAGGACAUGAGCCAAUUCUGGAGGAGGCUUAGUCGCUUCAUGAGUAAAGUCAACCCAGAACCCAACCUCAUCCACAUAAUGGGAUGCUACGUCCUGGGCAACCCCAACGGAGAGAAGCUGUUCCAGAAACUGAAGAAUCUGAUGAGGCCUUAUUCUGUCGAGUUUGAGUCGCCGCUGGAGCUGUCUGCGCAGGGCAAAGAGAUGAUUGAGAUGUACUUCGACUUCCGCCUCUACCGGCUUUGGAAGACGCGGCAGCACUCCAAACUCUUGGACUAUGAGGAGUUUUUGUGACGCAGAAACACGGAUAAAGGGUGCAGCGAGCGGAGCCCUUCCAGUGCCACGAGGAAUCUGUUAAAAACUGAUCCAAUGACUGAACAUUGUUCAACUCUAGUGCUCGACCCGUCAACUCAAUAUAAACAGUCAUACCUGCUUUCAUCCUGGAGGGGAGCGGGAGAGGAGGAAGAGGGAUGACUGGCAGGACGCGGAGGCUGAAGACAAACUAAAUUGUGCCGUGCCUCAGCUCCUCCUCAAGGAUCGAAAACUCACAAAAAGGGCCGAAAAAAAUACACAUAAACGCAAAAAUGAGGAGAGAGCAGAGAUAAGUGGACUGUCCACGUCUUCGUCAUCAACUCCCUUUGCCUCUUGAAUUUGAAAGCAAAAGGAGAAUCAAAAUGUGUAAAAAACAAAUAUCAUUUUAGUCACACCUCUGUUGCAAAGACACACUUUUUUGAGG